GACAUGGGUACCAAAGACGAAACCCCCGAAAUAGCGGAGAAAUCCUCAGCAGCCUCGUGGACCGGCCCGACAGCCACCAGAUUCGAGACGAAACAACAUAGCGAGUACUUUGAUCCCUGCCAGGACGCGGCGCAGAGGAGUAUACGGUGCUUGCAUCGGAAUGGGGGAGAUCGAGAGAUGUGCACGGAUUUCUUCCAGGCGUAUCGAGAUUGCAAGGAGCAAUGGACGAACGCACGCAAAGAAGCCCGGAGAAAGAGUAGCUGGUGGGGCUGAUUGAAGCCGAAGAAAGAGGCUGUCUUCCAGCAUAUGCGCCAUCUGCAUCAAAUGGGACGUUUUGGAGUUUUAUACCAUCCGUUGUACAGUAUUGGGUCUUGCUUCAGACGGGAGGACUAUGGAUCCGGCUGGACACUGUGGAGAUUUGAUGGCGGAGGCGGGCGGCCGAGCGUUUGGGGCUGGGGUUCCUGUGGAGCAUGGCAGACAAGCUUCAGGUCACGUCUCCUGCGACCUGUUUGAAGGUUAUGGACUGCACCAUUUCGCUCGAACCGUCAAAAGAGGAAGUUCGCUAUAUCCAGUAACUUCAAAUCCGUACAUGGGGUUCCCCGAGGACUCUAUAUGCAGUACCUUCCACCCAACCCAAAUUUGUACACAUAGAUAUGAUAUAAUACAAUGUCGCCCA